UGGGUGCGAAUUAAAAAUAUUAAGUGAAAAAAUCCAAUUGAAUUGUAGUCAUUGAUUUGAACUGCGUUUUUCUUAGUUUUUCGCUUAUUACGAUUAUAAAAAAUAUGCCAAUGCCCCAAUGGAGCAGUGGUUUUCAUUGCAUAUCAUAAAAUUGCCAGGACGAGCAAGAUUGUCACAAUUUUUCCUACCGUUUCGUGUGUGAUACAGAAUCUAGUCUGGCGUUCUUCGGAUUUAAAAGGGUAAAAAUGGCGAGAAAGAAAUUGCGAUUCAAUGUGUGCCAGAAAUGAUCGGCGGAAUUUACUAACAACACUUAAAGCUGCCAGAAUGGGCAAUUAACUGCCAAAAAGACAUUCCUGGUGCAUGUUAGUGGCUCGAGAGAUCAAUAGUUGGAAUCUGAGCAGGGUGGAGCGAAGGAAAUAAACCGAUUUGGCUAGGAUUGAUGCGAAGGGGGUAAAGCCUCAAUGGUGCUUGUAUAAUCGAACCGAACAUAUAUUUGGUGGUAGUGUUGAGAAAGAUGAGAGUUCCACUUGUAGAAAAGUUGUGCACCAAAUGUAUCCUUAUCUUGUUUGUCCUGCUCUUCAGUGAUUGUACAAAUUUAACCGAUAGCUUUAGUGGUAUCGGUGAAAGCGUUGAUAAUAUCAGAAAUCAAAAUGAUAACGUAAGCAAUUUAGGUAAUGUGACGUUGGCGAAGGCUGGUCGCAACAACAUCAGUGAAGACUCCUGGACGGGGAACAGUUGCUGUGAUAGUAUCAAAAGUAAUGACGGUAGUAGUAGCAAUAGUAGUGCCAAUAGUUAUAAUUCGACGAAGCGGUAUCCUCGGAGAUUAGUAGUGGAGUUUUCCACUAAUAUCGUCCAAAAUGAGUACAUCGUCCAGUUCAAUGGAUACUAUAGACGGGCGGCCAGGGAGAAGUAUAUUCAAACCGCACUCAAUGGAUCAAAGGUAAAAAAUUGGCGUAUUCUUCCACGCUCGAAUGCGGUAAGCGAUUAUCCUAGCGAUUUCGACGUCCUGACCCUGGAAGAGGAUCCAAAACUGUCGGUGGAUGCAAUUAAUCUCUUGAAGUCGCAUCCUUCAAUCAAGACGAUAUCACCUCAACGUAUGGUUCAUCGAAAUUUGAAAUAUGUUCCAAUGGAUGCUUCUGCGCCAAAUACAGAGGAAGACGAGUCUGAACUAAGCGAUACCCUUAAUGAUAUCAACGAUCUUCCAAUGGAGGAGGUAGAUGAUGAAGUAGCCGAGUUCAUCGAAACUUUUAAAAACUUUAAAAGGAAACUAUCGACAGAUGUGAAUGAACUAAACGAUAGUCGAUCGGAAAUCCAGCAGAGUGUUCCGCCGAUGGGUGCAGUAAAUCGGCACACGAAUCGACGGCUUCUGAGAGCGAUUCCAAGGCAGAUCACUUCACUGCUGAAGGCUGAUGUACUGUGGGGAAUAGGAGUUACGGGGAAAGGAGUGAAAGUAGCCGUUUUUGACACUGGUUUGUCAAAGAACCAUCCUCAUUUUAAGUCAGUAAAAGAACGAACCAAUUGGACCAACGAAAAAACGCUUGAUGAUGGAGUUAGUCAUGGGACAUUUGUGGCAGGUAUAAUAGCGUCUUCGAAAGAAUGUUUGGGAUUUGCGCCUGACGCGGAACUGCAUGUCUAUCGUGUGUUCACGAACAAUCAAGUUUCUUACACUUCAUGGUUUUUGGAUGCCUUUAACUAUGCGAUUCUGAAAAAGAUCAACGUUUUGAACUUGAGUAUCGGAGGACCGGACUUUUUGGAUCAGCCAUUUGUUGAUAAGGUUCUCGAGUUAUCCGCCAAUAAAGUGAUUAUGGUUUCCGCUAUCGGUAACGAUGGUCCACUUUACGGAACACUGAACAAUCCAGGCGAUCAGAUGGAUGUCAUUGGUGUGGGAGGAAUGGACUACAGUGAUAACAUUGCUAAGUUCAGCUCGAGAGGAAUGACGACUUGGGAGCUUCCUAACGGCUAUGGACGCCUGAAGCCAGAUAUCGUUACGUAUGGUAGUCAGGUGAAAGGAAGCAAUCUAAACGGAGGUUGCAAAUCACUGUCUGGGACUUCGGUGGCUUCGCCAGUUGUAGCUGGAGCUGUUACUUUGUUAGCAAGUGGAGUUUUCGACAAAUUGGAGCAAAUUAAUCCUGCAUCGAUGAAACAGGCUUUGAUCGAAGGGGCUCAACGGCUUCAGGAGAACAAUAUGUUUGAGCAGGGCCACGGAAAACUAAACAUUUUAAAGAGUAUGAAAAUUCUCUCCACGUAUAAACCAAAAGUAUCGCUUUCUCCUUCGUAUUUGGACUUUACUGAGGAUUACAUGUGGCCCUAUACGACACAGAGUCUGUUUCAUACAAGUGCUCCGGUAAUAGCGAACGUCACCAUCCUGAACGGAAUGGGAGUAAUCGGUAGAUUGAUUAACAAACCCACUUGGCAUCCUUACACCAAUCAAAAUGGACAAAUGUUGAACAUAUCUAUUUCCUUCUCGGAACAGCUGUGGCCAUGGUCUGGUUGGAUGGCGAUUCAUAUAGGAGUCAACGAGCUGGGUCGAAGCUUCGAAGGGUUAGCUCAAGGUCACAUCACGCUAACCAUACAAAGCCCGGCAGGUCCGGGAGAAAACGAACCACGCAAUGGAACGGUAAGUUUUCCAAUAAAAGUCAAAAUUAUUCCGCAACCCCCAAGGCACAAGCGGAUCCUAUGGGAUCAGUAUCAUAGUUUGCGCUACCCGCCAGGUUAUCUUCCUAGGGAUAACCUAAAGAUCAAAUCAGACCCGUUAGACUGGCGAGCGGAUCACAUUCAUACUAACUUUAAAGACAUGUACACUCAUCUAAGAAACGCUGGGUAUUACGUGGAAGUCCUCGGAGGCCCGUUCACAUGUUUCAACUCAAGCAACUACGGCACACUGCUUAUCGUUGAUCCGGAGGAGGAAUACUUUCACGAAGAGAUUAUUAAGCUUAAGAACGAUAUUCUUGAGCGGGAUCUAAGUGUCAUUGUAUUUGCUGAUUGGUACAACACAACCGUUAUGAGGAAAAUUAAAUUCUACGAUGAAAACACUCGCCAGUGGUGGAUGCCGGACACUGGAGGGGCAAAUCUUCCCGCCCUGAAUGAACUGCUUCGAGAUUUCGAUAUCAUCUUGGGUGAUAAAGUUACCGAAGGAUAUUUUGAUAUGCGAGAUCAUCGGAUGUACUAUGCUUCCGGAUGUAACAUUUUAAAAUUUCCAACCGGUAACAAAACAAUUCUUAUAGAACGAGACUUGUUUGAUCAGGGCUUAGACAUCCUGUUGCCGGAUGAAAAGCGGCAGAAAACUCGAGCAAAAACCGCAAUACUAGGAUUAUUACAAACUGAUCACACAUACUCAAAAGUGCAACCUGCUACGCCAAAUCCAGAUCCAAGCAACAGUUUCAACUUGGAACUUAUUGCCGAUCGUAGUGAAGAAGGUAAGAUCGAUCGGGAUUCCGUGAUCAAUAAACGAAUUCUUCUCAGUGCAAAAUCGUUCCAAGACGACGAUGACGUUCCGAACGAAGGCGGUGAGGAGCGGCAGGAUUUCGAAAGCAACGUAAUUGGCAAUCCUGAUUUCGAUGCUUUAAAAAAUAUGGAAGAUGAAGAUCCAGACGAUAUUCAGCAAAUACAGCAUCCGGAAGAGAUUAGUCAGCUCUUGCUGGAAAAGAAGCAAAACUUUACUGGGGAGAAAAUUCUGAUGGUGGAAUUGCCUCAAACAUUGCUUAAAAUGCAAGUAGAUCAGCCGAAAACUGUCAAAUUUAACGACAGUGGCAGUGGAAGUUGGAAAGAUCGAAAAAUGGGUGGUCGAAUAGCUGUUUAUGGCGAUUCCAACUGUCUUGAUUCGACCCAUCUGGAUAAACCUUGCUUUUGGCUGUUGGAUUCAUUGCUCGAGUACACGAUGACUUCGCACGUAACCAAUUUGCUACGGGAUUUGAAUAGCAGUCGCCGGACAGACAUCCUCAGUGACGCCAAAUCUCCAAUCCGGUUGGCCAACAAUAACUUACAUCACUACUCGAAGGUGCUCGGCCCUGGCAACGAAAAACGACCUCUUCCUCUCUGCCAGCAGCUCAAAUGGGAUCAGCCUAUUUCGUUGAACAUGUCAUCACUCAAUGGAUACGGACCGAACGACCGGUUCUUGCAGCAGCAACAGGAUUUGCUGCUUCAGCAGCAAGCUGCUAAACAGGCAGGACUAUUCGGCAACGAAAUUGACAACAGCGUCAACCUGUUUCGUAAACUAGAAAGUCAAAAAGCAACCGUAAUCAGUGCCAAUGAUGAACCGGAUGUUCCAGGCUGGCGAAACAAGAAAACAGACAAAAUCCCGCCGAACGCUCCCAACAGCUUUGUCAAUCCAUCAGUCGCCCGUCCCACACCGGGUAUGAUCCCUAUGAAAGUGCCCGUUAUUGAUCCGCGUCUAGCUGGCGCAUCAACAGUAGAUCAGCAACAGUUUCAUAAACAGCAGCAGCAUCAGCCGCCUCAGCUACAGCCUAAGCAUUUGGACAGGGAUCAGACUGAUCCCCACGAUGCAGAGGACUUCGCUUUGAGUAGAGAUAGGCUGAGUAACUCGAGCUUUCAGCUUACCUUCAACUGGUUCCUAACGGCGUUGUCUGUGGUUCUACUGAUGCUAUUACUCAACUGGAUUCGAAGAUCAAAACGUCUAACUAUCAAAAGACGAUUCAACUAUGUUCUCAAGAAAAUAGGCUUUUGAGAAUGGCACAGAGCAAUGGAGAAUGGUUGUUGUUGUCAAUUGAUUUUAAAUAGAUUCCUUAGAUGUCUGUGGUUUUGUUGGUUCUCAUUGGACAUUCUUUUUAAUAUUUAACUCAAUUUAACCAGGCUGGGAUUAGCCCAAAGAUUUUGAUUAUCGGUUGAUUUAUUUUUGCUUUUUGUACAGCUUCAAUCAUAUUUUGCAGACAGGAUAUAUCCCAACCGGGGUAGCUGUAAAAGUUAAGUAAAUAGGGAUUUUUACAUACAUUAUGUAGAAUUAUCUCACAAGAUGAUGUUGUACGGUACUAAUAAAUUCAAAAAUACGUUUAUUUUUAUAACGAAAA